GGUUCCUGAGGCCCCCCCUCUUAUUAUUCCAGCCGCAGGCUCCCUUCCUUCUCAGCAUGGAGCUCUUUCUUCUGCUCUCCUUGGCUCUCUUCUCCGAUGCCAUGGUGAUGGAUGAAAAGGUGAAGUCAGGUGUUGAGCUGGACACAGCUUCUGCAAUCUGUAACUAUGACGCCCACUACAAGGACCACACCAAGUACUGGUGCCGCGGCUAUUUCAGGGACUCGUGCAACGUUAUUGCCUUCACCCCUAAUAGCACCAACCGUGUGGCCCUGAAGGACACAGGAAACCAACUCAUCGUCACUGUAUCCUGCCUGGUCAAGGAGGACACAGGCUGGUACUGGUGUGGUAUCCAGCGGGACUUUGCCAGAGAUGACAUGGAUUUUACACAGCUGAUUGUGACUGACAACAGAGAAGACCGGGUCAAUGACUUUUCACCUGACCCUGCAGGCAACAGGACCCGGAGCUGUAGGGCUUCCAAAGCUGUCCAAAAGGCAGAGGGCUCCCGAAUGUCCAUUCUGAUCAUUUGUAUACUGAUUACCAGUUUGGGGAUCAUCUUUAUAAUCAGUCAUUUGUCUAGAGGAAGGCGAAGCCAAAGAAGCAGAGGAGUUACUGGCAAAGGCAUCAAUAGAAAUCCUCAAGCAAGCCAAGCUCCACCUGUGGUCUCCAUACCCUUGGUUGUCCUUCCCAAGGCCCCAAGACAAAAUGGUCAACAACAACAAAAAACCCAAUGGACUGGAAAUGCCACAAGGACUGGAUAAAUGUGUUCCUUUACUUGGGGUUGAAGGAAUAGGGUGUAGAGCU